AUGACGAACCACAAGGAUAGCAAGGAGCUUGGCGAGAUGUUAUUUCAGACUACCAGUCCGCCCAAAGUCAACAAGAAGAAACGCGCGCGACGAUCUGUCCACUUUCAAGAGCAGACGAUCGCCAAAGACGACAAGAAGACCACGGCGGUGGUCACUCCCGCAGAAAAGCAAGCAGCCUUUUGGUCCCUACAAGAGAUGCGCCAGAUCCGAUUGGAAAUGGGCACCAUUGUGAGAGAUGUUCUAAUUGGCGGAACAUCGGCCUAUCCCCGUGGCACUCGAGGAUUGGAAAAGAGUUUGAAUCCAUUGGAAUCUCAAAUCCGACGCAAGCAAUUGGUUGCCGCUGUCCUUCGGGAACAACGAAUGCAGCAACGCGAAAAGGAAGUGGAUGUCGAAUUGAUUGCCGAGGCAUCCAUGGGAUACAGUCAUUGUCACGAAAAGGCUGCCAUUCAACAGGCGGAGGCCGAUCGACUCUGUGUCUUUGGUGAGCAGCAUUUUGACAAACAAACAUCAUGCUAG